CCAAGGAAAUGACGGGGUCCAUGGCACAUGCUGAAGAACAAAACCUCCGAGACGACAUACUACCUGCAGUGCGGAGCUGGCAAACGGAGCCAGCGCCUGCGCAGUGGGAGCCUGUCUGGGAGGAAGUCCAAGACAGGAAGUCCCGCCCCCUCCCCGGCUGCGCGGUCUCCUCGCCUUCUAUCCUGCUCGCCAUCGCGGAGCCUUCGGUGUAUCGCGCGCUUCUCAUUAGGAUCCCCCCCCACCUUCGCCCCCCGGCUGCGGGAUCCUGCCCCGGGCCCCACUCGUGGGAUCGCCCCCUCUCUCCCGGCCUGUGGUCCGUGGCUCUCGGUCCCUUCCCGGCCGAGCUUGCUGCGCGCGGCGCCAGCACCAUGCUCUUCUACUCCUUUUUCAAGUCUCUUGUGGGCAAGGAUGUGGUUGUGGAACUGAAGAAUGACCUGAGCAUCUGUGGAACCCUGCAUUCUGUGGAUCAGUACCUCAAUAUCAAGCUAACUGACAUCAGUGUCACAGACCCUGAGAAGUACCCUCACAUGUUAUCAGUGAAGAACUGCUUCAUCCGAGGCUCAGUGGUCCGUUAUGUGCAGUUGCCAGCGGACGAGGUGGACACACAGCUGCUACAAGAUGCAGCGAGGAAAGAAGCCCUUCAGCAGAAACAAUGACGGCUGCUGUUCCUUUUCUCCUCCCUGUACGUGGGUGUCCACCUCCUCAAGUCCUAGCUGAGGACGCGUGUCUUCCCCCCCCCCCAUACAGGAGUUGUGUGUAUGUUUCUUUUUUAAAUAGUGAUGCCUUUUUUUUUUAAUUGGGUGGAUGACAGUAACAAUAGUGGGGAGCAGUAUCCUCUGUUCGAAGGGUGGAAUAAGAAAGCUGGGAACUGCAGAGCCUUCUGAGUCCUCAGCACCUGCCUUUCUCCUUCCUGGAGAUGGUGAGAGUUUCCAGGGCCCUUUGUGAUACAUUUGGGGGAUGGAGGGAAUCUGUCCCGCAUCGGGAGUAAACAUUAUGGUGCAAAUUUGA